AUGCCUCCCCGCCGUGCUCACCACCUACUUCAGCUUCCAUGCCCGGCUCCAGGCUGCGCACGCUGGUUUCGAAACCAAUCAGGUCUCACUCAACACAGGCGUUCACUCCACCCAAAUAUACCUGCUCCAGGACCUCCUCAACCAUCCCGGUCACCAUCCCACCCUCGAGAUUUCUCACCACCACCUCCGGAAUUCUCACCGCCUCCUCGGGAUUUCUCACAACCUCCCCAGCCAUCACCUCCUAUGCCCUCUGAACCAACUCAUGAGGAUUCGGACAACGCUGACGCAGAAUUUACCGAUUCAAGUGAGCGUUGUUAUCGUACAUACCAUUCGAUGUUAAACGGACGACCAUGCACGGCUGAUGGAGAAUUUCUGCCACAUGGCGCCCCUCCAACACCCAUGCCACAAAAGGCUCCUGACGACUGGAGCCCAUAUCACAAUAGAAUAGAAUUUGAGGCGGCUGAGUUCGCGUUCAAAAAAUGCCAUAUGUCUGCCAAAAACCUGGAUUUCUUAUGUGAUUUAAUGGCCGCAACUCUCAUGAAACACCGCGAUGUCCCUCCAUUCGCCGAUCAUAAAGAUCUCCACAAUGUCAUAGAUGCGACACAGCUUGGUGAUGUCCCCUGGCAAUCUUUCUCGGUUCAGUACACAGGAGAACGCCCUGAGGUUGUCCCGCCAUGGAUGGAUGAUGAAUUCGAUGUCUGGUAUAGGGACCCUCGCGCGAUGGCGCACAACAUACUAGCCAACCCCACCUUCAAAGAUGAAAUCGACUAUACGCCAUUUCAUGAAUACGAUGCAUCGGACAAGACGCGCCGUUGGAAAGACUUCAUGUCUGGAGACUGGGCAUGGAAACAAUCAGACAUCAUAUCAAAAGAUCCAGAGACGCAUGGAUCUGCGUUAGUCCCAAUCAUUCUCGGUAGUGAUAAGACUACCGUUUCUGUGGGCACUGGUAACAACGAGUACUAUCCCCUCUAUGCCUCGAUCGGCAAUGUACGCAACAGUGUACGGCGUGCUCACCGCGAUGCUCUUGUCAUAAUCGGUUUCCUCGCCAUACCCAAAACUGACAAGAAGCAUUCAAAAGAUGAUGUGUUUCGGAUAUUUCGUCGCCAGCUAUUCCACAGCUCGCUAUCUGCCAUUCUCUCUAGCUUGAAAUCCGCAAUGACCGAAUACGAAGUUGUGCGCUGUGGAGAUGGACAUUUUCGGCGCAUUAUAUACAGUCUAGGACCCUACAUCGCGGAUUACGAGGAACAACUAGUGCUAUCCUGUAUUGUUAAGCAUUGGUGCCCGAAAUGUAUUGCAGUUCGAACGAACCUCGACAAUGGUGGCAUGGAUCGCUGUCGUGAGCACACUGAGUUCCUUAUUGGUGAGCUACAUGGGGAUGUAUUAUGGGAUGAAUUCGGUAUCAUUGGUGAUCUCGUCCUCAUCAAAGGUGCUUUCAAAGACCAUCUCGUCGACUGGGUAGCAAAGUACCUCAAGGCUGUGCACGGGACCAGGCGGGCGGAGGAGAUUAUGAGCGACAUAGAUCGCAGAGUCGCUGCUGCACCAUCAUUUUCUGGUCUACGACGAUUUCCUCAAGGCCGCGACUUCAAACAGUGGACGGGUGAUGAUUCGAAAGCGCUCAUGAAGGUCUUUCUUCCAGCUAUUGAAGGCCAUGUGCCUGGAGAUAUGGUUCGCGCAUUUCGCGCAUUGUUAGAAUUUUGUUAUCUUGCGCGGCGCGAUGUUGUCACCGAAGAUACCCUGAACCAGAUGCAAGACGCACUUCACCGGUUCCAUCGCUAUCGCCAGAUAUUUGAUCUCGUUGUUCCUACCUUCUCACUCCCUCGCCAGCACUCAAUGAUUCAUUAUACGGACAUGAUUCGACUUUUCGGUGCCCCGAACGGACUAUGCUCGUCAAUCACAGAAUCAAAACAUAUCAAGGCUGCAAAGGAGCCUUGGCGUUGGUCAAGCAGGCAUAAUGCUCUUGGUCAGAUGCUUGUAACCAAUCAACGCCUUGACAAGCUUGCAGCAUCCCGCGUGGACUUUGAUGCACGAGGGAUGCUCACUGGCACUAUUUUAUCAAGUGCUUUAGCCGCUCUCACACCGGAUGAAGAUGAACAGGCUGUCCCUCCUAUUGCACCACAGCCAGAUGCCCAUGCCAUUGAACCGCAACCAGACAUCGAUAUCGAUGACGGUGAGGUAGUUGAUGGUCCAACAGUACUUGGUUAUGUAGUGCUUGCCAAAACUCCUCAACGAAAACGGGCGCGAACAGUAGCGGCGUUAGCACACGAAGUUGCUGUUCCAGAUCUGCGACGCCUCAUUCGACACUUUUUGUUCACUCAGCUCAACCAAGAUGAUCCCCGCGAUCCUGCAGAUGUCCCAACUGGUAGCUUGCCUCGGCAUGAAGGCAAGCUCCAGGUCUUCAAUUCUGCUGCCGCAACCUUCUUUGCUCCCAGCGAUCUGAGUGGUACUGGUGGCAUGCGACGGGAACAUAUCCGUGCAUGUCCACUCUGGAGAAACGAGUACCCGCGCAAUGACUGUGUGUUCAUCGACACUGAUUCGGACGCUCAAGGCAUGCGAGGACUCGAAGUUGCGAGAAUUGUAUGCUUCUUUUCUUUCAAGCACAACUGGGAAGUAUAUCCAUGCGCUCUCAUUCAUUGGUUUGAGAAGAUUGAUGAUUGUGCUGACGAAGACACUGGCAUGUGGAUGGUCCGUCCCAGUUUCCACGAGGGUGGUUCCCGGAACCUUGCUGUUAUUCAUAUCGAGACGGUGUUCCGUGCAGCACACCUGAUACCUAUGUACGGUUCGGAGUACAUCCCUCAUGACCUUAAGUUCUACCAUUCCAUUGAUUGUUUCCGCUCAUUUUAUGUCAACAAGUUCGCUGAUCAUCAUGCGUUCGAGAUAGCCUCCUGA